CGCCGGAGCCACAGUGUGGGGUGUGUUUGAACAAGAGGCAGAAAAGUUAAUAGCGGAUUGUUUCUCGCGUCUGACCUGCAGCAGCAUCCGUCGAGAGCAUCAUGGCAAACAAAGCUCAGCAGCCUCCUCACCUGCACCUGGCCGAGGUCACCGCGUCCCAGUUUCUCGACAUUUGGAAGCAUUUCGACGCUGAUGGUAAUGGCUACAUCGAGGGGAAGGAGCUGGAGAACUUCUUCAGGGAGUUGGAGAUGGCUCGGAGAGGAGCAGGCGUGGACCCCUCAAAUCCCACAUUCAGAGAAAAGAUGAAGGAGUUCAUGCAGAAGUUUGACAAGAACAAAGAUGGACGAAUUGAGAUGUCAGAGCUGGCCCAGAUUCUUCCAACUGAAGAGAACUUCUUGCUCUGCUUCAGACAGUUUGUCAGCUCCAGCGCUGAAUUUAUGGCGGCGUGGAGGCGAUAUGAUACAGACCGCAGUGGCUACAUUGAAGCAAAUGAACUGAAGGGCUUUCUGUCAGACCUGCUGGAGAAAGCUAACAGACACUACGAUGAGCAGAAGCUGCAGGAGUACACACAGACCAUACUCAAGAUGUUUGAUCUGAACGGAGAUGGGAAGCUGGGCCUGUCAGAGAUGGCAAGGCUUCUUCCUGUUCAGGAGAAUUUCCUGCUCAAAUUCCAGGGUGUCAAGUUGACCUCUGAGCAGUUCAAUGCCAUCUUCACAUACUAUGACAAGGAUGGGAAUGGCUACAUUGACGAGCAGGAGUUGGAUGCUCUGCUACGAGACCUUUACCAAACAAACAAGAAGGAGGUGGAUCUGAAGAAUCUUUCAGGCUACAAGCAGAGCAUCAUGAGUCUAUCUGACGGAGGGAAGCUCUACCGUGGCGAGCUGGAAAUCGUUCUCUGCAGGGAGCCCAUUGUGUGACUCUUCUUUCUUGUUGCAUAUCAUCAUUUGCUCUGCCUACCCCACCCUCUUCCCCUAGACCACACACCCACUUCCAGCUGAGUGGCAACAUUAUGUAUAUCAGGUGCAUGUGCCGGACACCUGCUCCCCCCCCCGCCCAGUCAUUACCUAAGCUCCUCCCCUCUGAAGGUGAAGAAUGAAUAAUUGCACUGUCAGCACCAACAGCUCUUCUUCCCUAAACCUUUUUCUUUUUGCUACCUUACCUCUCAGCCACUAACCAUGACCUCUCUACAGCAACCCUCCCAUUUCUCCCCUCAUCCCUUCCCAUGCUGUGCCUGACUUCCAACUCCUGACCAAAAGUCCAAAUCCCUAAUGCCACCAAAAUGACCUGAUGAUAACCGCUGUACCUUGACCCCAGCUUUACUGACCCCUUCAUUCCCUUGCUCUUUCAACUUUGCAUUAAAUACAAUAUAUAGUCAAAGAAAACUGCAGACAAAUGUGUUUGAAUUGAUUGCAUUUAUAAUCUGUGAUGGAGCUGAUAUUGAUUUUCCAUCUCUGUUUCUCCUGAAACUCUCUCGUUCCAUUAAAACUCUGGUGUAUCAUUGCCAUGAAAGGAUUUUCAUUUUAUUGUUUGUUUUUUUGGCUGAUACUGUCAAUUGAAAAUAUUAAUAAAAUAUCUUAAGAUAAGA